GAAAUCACAUUUCAAUUCUAAAGCCAAAUAUAUCAUAUAUUUCAGUAUACCUGUAUAUAAUGUCUUCAGUUUAAUAGUUUAUUCUUAUAUUUAUUCAUUGAUCAGUAAUAGAAGUACGAUUCAUUAGGAGUAAUUAUUUCCAGAUUGAUUCUCGAUCGUGACUUUUUACUAUGAGAAUUGAUCGCGUUACUUCUCAUAUAUAUGCUGUACACGAACUGUGAUUAGAAAAGUGAUUUCAAGUAUGUGGGCAGAUACUAUUCUGAUUUUGUUUAUCAGCAUAUGCACGGCAUUGCUGGGCGAAGGAUUGACAUGGCUGAUGGUAUAUAGAACUGAAAAAUAUCAAAAAUUGAAAGCCGAGGUGGAGAAACAGAGUAAAAAAUUGGAGAAGAGGAAAGAAGCGCAUGGCGACUCUUUGGAGGCAGCAGAAAAAAAGAUUGAACGGGAGGAGGAGAGAUUGAAGAAUAACAAUCGUGAUCUGUCUCUUGUAAAGAUGAAGUCCAUGUUUGCAAUUGGAUUUGCAUUUACAGCACUUUUAAGUAUGUUUAAUAACAUAUUUGAUGGUCGAGUGGUUGCUAGAUUGCCAUUUGUUCCGAUCAGCUGGAUACAAGGCUUAUCACACAGAAAUCUUCCAGGCGAUGAUUACACAGAAUGCUCAUUUAUAUUUUUGUACAUACUAUGUACCAUGAGCAUUAGACAAAAUAUUCAGAAAAUGCUCGGUUUUGCACCAUCCAGAACCGCAAGCAAACAGAGUGGCAGUAUCUUUGGGCCUCCACCUCAACAAUUUAAAUAAAUUUAAAUUUAAUUGUUA